GGUAGAUUGAUUUCUCUUAUCUCCUACCUCCCACCCCGUCCCUUUCCCCACCCUUUGUGUUGCCCCCCCCCCUUUCCUUCCUCUCCCAGCCACCACCAUGUCCUCCACCAAGACCCUCACCAUGGCCGAGGUUGCCAAGCACAACACCGAGUCCGACUGCUACCUGGUCAUCAAUGGCAACGCCUACGAUGUCACCAAGUUCCUCGACAACCACCCCGGUGGCCAGGAGAUCAUCGUCGAGCUGGCCGGUACCGACGCCACCGACGCCUUCGCCGACAUUGGCCACUCCCUCGAGGCUCAGCAGGAUCUGGAGAACUACCUGGUCGGCCCGGUCUCCGAUGCCCCGAAGAAGGGCAAGAAGGCCGCCGCUGCCCCGACCCAGGUCCCGAUCCGCGACAACGCCACCCAGCCCUUCAACCCCAUGCUGGUGGUCAUCCCCCUCGUCGCCAUCAUGGCCAUCGCCGUUGCCUACUUCUACAAGUAAUCGCCUCCCUGUCCCUCCUCCUCCCUUCCCCCCCCCCUCUCUCUCUCUCU